AUGAUCCACCACGAUCAAGUUGCGGAAAUGCUCUACGGCUAUGCUGGCGCUGCAGCUGCCAAGCCGACGCAUACAGACAGUCCCGGUCCCAUUCCCACUGUUAUCCCAACACCCCCACAGUUUCAAGAAAUCGGCGAGACAGGCCACCGGACGUUAUGGGUUGUCUUCGCCCUGAUGGUCCUCUCCUCGGGCUUCUUCGCCUUCAUGUCAUGGAACGUCCCCAUCUCCAAGCGCCUCUACCAUGUCAUUACCACCCUGAUCACCAUCACCGCCUCCCUCAGCUACUUCGCCAUGGCCUCUGGCCACGUCACGAGCUUCAGCUGCACCCCGGCCAAGGACCACCAUAAGCACGUGCCCGACGUUGGAUACACUGAAUGCCGUCAGGUGUUUUGGGGGAGAUAUGUUGACUGGGCCAUCACCACGCCGCUGCUCCUGCUGGACCUGUCCUUGUUGGCCGGUAUUGAUGGUGCUCAUACCCUCAUGGCUGUUAUUGCUGAUGUGAUUAUGGUGUUGAGCGGACUGUUCGCCUCGCAGGGUGAGACAGCUACUCAGAGGUGGGGAUGGUAUGCCAUUGGGUGUGUGUCGUACCUGUUUGUUAUUUGGCAUGUGGCUCUCCAUGGUGCUCGGACUGUGACUGCCAAGGGGAGGGGUGUGACGAGGCUGUUUAGCUCUUUGGCGCUGUUUACGUUUGUGUUGUGGACUGCUUAUCCCAUUGUUUGGGGCAUUGCUGACGGCGCUCAUCGCACUACUGUUGAUACCGAGAUCUUGAUCUACGCUGUUCUCGACAUCCUCGCCAAGCCUGUCUUUGGUCUCUGGCUUCUCUUCAGCCAUCGCUCGUUGGCUGAGACCAAUGUUGAUGUGGGUGGAUGGUGGUCCCAUGGAUUGGGCGCUGAGGGGAGAAUCAGGAUCGGUGAUGAGGAGUAA